AUGGUGGAGAAGGCGGAGGGCGAACGUGGAUGGGGAGUGGGAGUUCGAGAGGGUGCAAAUGACGAACAAAUGGCCAGGGAUAUUAUAUCUGAAGCUAUGAAAAACGACAAAGGAAGGGAAGUGGCGCGCAGGCCGGAUGAAGAGAGGCUCAACAAGAAAGGAGCGUCAGGGGAUUGUUCAAAAGGCCCGAGGAGAUGA